CAUAAGCGACCAUGACCUCCCCAUUCUACGCCCACAUUCACAACGUUCAAGACGACAACACUUGGCGUUUUACUCUCAUCUUUGCGAAUCGUGCCACCGCCGACGAAUGGUGGAGGGCUAUAUCUGAGGCUCCCGCCAAUACCUCAAUCGCCAAGUCGAUCACGCGUGUCACACCUCAGUAUUACACUCACGAUGUGAAUAUUUGGAACAUCUGGAAUUUCUUUGCAGACGGCAAUAUCAAGUCCAUUUCCGAAAGGUUCAGAGGAAGACUGUUCAUCGUUCUUGAGAACGACCGAGGCGGAAGGGGCAUCACCGUUAUCCCGCCAGUUCCUAUCGUUGACCAUGUCAGUGGAAAUUGGUUCUACAUUCGCUCCAAGACUGCUCCUCAUCUUUUCUGGUACUACGACGAGAGGCGCAGCUCCAUCUACGCAUCCAAGGAGAAGAGGACUCGCUUCAAGAUUUCUAUUCGUAACCCGUCCUCCCAAACCCCUAAGAACGCCAUCAUGAUCAACACGGACGACGUGACCAUUCACAUCAAGGAGAACCUCUACGUCGGUGUGGACAAUAACUUGGGCCAUAUUAUCCCUACCCGAGCUUACAGGACCUUCAAAUUUGGCGAGCUCGAGAGUGGAGCGAUUGCUGGUUUCGACGUUGUGGAGAACAUUGAGGAAAGGUGCUCAUCCACCUUUGAUGGAGCAUCUUUGUCCAUUUCCGGCCCUGAUAGCUCUUCCCCCGGUGAGCCCUGGGAAUUGGUUUAG